AUGUCUUAUUAUGGAUCAUUCGUUUAUUUUUUGAGUAUUAUUACAAUAGUAUUACUUUCUAUUUCUAAUUGUGAAUCAACUCCAUUGGAUGAUUAUGUUCGUAGUGUGGAUUCUCAUUUUAAUUGGAGUUUAAUACGUACUUAUGAAGAACCAGAUUACAAAUUAUAUAUUCUUAAUUUUACAUCACAAAAAUGGCUUGAUGAUACAUUUUCAUCACGAUCUAUUUGGUGGCAUUAUCUCUGUAUAACUGUACCAAAUAAGUUAAUACGUCCGAAUACUGCUUUCCUCUUUAUGGAUCAAGGUAGUAACAAUGACGGUAUUCCACAACCACAAAAUGAUUUUGUCGCUUUGACAUCAAUGUUUGGUGUAGGUAGUGGAAGUAUUUCUGUCGAUCUUCAAGAUAUUCCAAAUGGUCCCAUUCGCUUUAUGGCUGAUCCAACAAAUACAAGUCGUAGUGGUGAUGCAGCUAUUGCUUGGACUUGGAAAGCAUUCACUGACAAUUCAUCGAAUGGUGACGUUCUUUUAAAUUUACCGAUGACGAAGGCUGCAUAUCGUGCAAUGGAUGCUGUACAACAAUUUACAGAUAAACAAGGAAUUAUUGUACCGAAAAAAUUUGUUGUUGCAGGUACUUCUAAGCGUGGCGGAGCAACAUGGUUAACAGCCGCUGUCGACAAUGAACGAGUUAUUGGUGCUAUACCUAUUGUUAUGGAUCUAUUAAAAAUACAAUUCGUAAGAUGGUUUAAUCAAAUAAAAUUUCCGCUUUUUACAUUAUAUUAUUUUAAACAAAUAGAAUUUACAUCAUAUGUAUAG